UAAUGUUAAUAUCAAAACAGAUAUACCAGAUUUCUUUAUUUCAUCAUGAUGUUCAUCUGUUUAAACAAAUUUGACGCAUACUUUCAAUUUUACUCGUACUUCCUUUAAUGACGACCAAAUCUAUGAGUACGAUCCAAUAUAAAAAAUAAAUACGACCGUUGUCGUUGAUAACUGUAUAUAGUUUCUAAUUAUGUAUACUUCUUACGUGCGUAUUAUGCAACAUAUGAUUAGAUAUUUGAAAAAAGAAAUGAUAAAUUGAAAUGAUUGUUCUGCAAAAUUGUUUAGAUUUAUAAUGCAUCAAGAGAGGAAAGAAAACAAAAGUUGCAAUUAAAAUUAGAUCUUUUGCUUAUGUAUUAUAUUUCUUAUUUUACAAUAAGUUUAGGGUCGAAGAGUAACAAAUGUAAUCCGUUGUAACAUAGACUUUUAUUGUUUAUUGAUUGUUCUAGAUUGAGUACAAUUAAGUUUGGAUAUAAUCACUAAUACUUUUACUGUAACAAUGUCAUUUACUUUCAUGGUAAUAAUGCAUUAUUAAGGCAUAGCAUAAUAAUAAUAAUAAUAUAAUAAUAAUAAUAAUAAUAAUAAAUAUUUUAAUGUUAGUUUUAGCUUUUCAUCGAGAAUAGAAAUAUACCUUGUUAUUUUGUUUUCAUACAAAACUUAACGUUAUCGUUGUGGAUGUCAUUUUGAUUACAAAUUGUAGAUAAAUUUUAAGUUUGUUUUUUUUUUUGGUUGAUAAACCAAAUUGUUUUUAAAGUUUCUAGAAUUCUAAUCUUAUACUUGUUCCUGUUUUCUUUUAUUUCUUUUUUUUAUUUUUUAAAUUCUUAUUUAAAAACUAAUAUUAAUAUUAAUAACAUACUAUUUCGUAAAGAAAGCAUAAAUUGUGGUUAAAUAAUUUGUUUAUUUAAUAUGAUUGUAAAUUAUAUUUUAAAAAAUUACUAGUUUCUCGUUUUUAUCAUAGUAUCUAUCUUAUCAUUUUAUAAAGACAUUUAAGUUUUUAAGUUACAUCUAUGUGUUCAUGGUUAACUUGUGGUUUCUUUUGACAAAACGUUAGUAUUUCUUUUCCUGUUAUGAAUAAAUUUCAGAACAUAUAAAAAGAGAAUAGUUCUCAUGAAUAGGUUAAUAGACAUGAAAAAGUAGUUGCUAUCGUUAUUUCAUAUAUUCAAGAACGAAAUGGCGGAGAGUGUCAAAAAAGUAUGCAUAGUCGGCGCAGGCGCAGCUGGUUUAUGCGCAGCAAAACAUUUGGCGGAAGAUUCGAAUUUUGAAAUAAUAGUAUAUGAACAAACCGGUGAUGUUGGUGGUACUUGGGUAUAUAAUCAUAAAAUCGGUUUAAACGAAAAUGGUUUACCAAUUCAUUCAAGCAUGUAUCAAAAUUUAAGAACGAAUUUGCCUGCAAAAAUCAUGAAUUUUCCUGAUUACAUGAGAAUGGAAGCACAGGAACCAUGCUGUGUAUCUCAUAACGAAGUUUUAUCUUAUUUGCGUAAUUACAUGGAACACUUUAAAUUACUUAAGUACAUACAGUUUUAUGUAAAAGUUGAGAAUAUACGUCCAAUUAAGUUGGAUAAUAGCAAUGAAGAGAAAUGGUUGGUACGUGUUAAACAUUUAAAAACUCAACAUACGGAGGAACAUCGAUACGAUGCAGUUAUGAUUUGUAACGGACACUAUUUCGAACCCUAUAUGCCUGUUAUAAAAGGUAUGGACACUUUUCCUGGUAUAGUAAUGCAUAGUCAUUCAUAUAGAAAACCGGAAGAAUUUAAAGAUAAAAAAGUAUUAAUUUUGGGUGCUGCCAGUUCUGGUAUCGAUAUUGGAAUUGAUUUAGUUCAACAUUCCUCUAUCAUUUACUUAAGUCAUAAUCAAGAAAGAUUCACGAGCGUAUUUCCGUUUAACAUGAUCCAAGUUGUUGGAGUUGACAGAUUGGAAGGAACGAAAUGUUUUCUAAAAGAUGGAACUUCCGUUACUAUCGACGUCUUUCUUUAUUGUACUGGAUACCAAUACAGUUUUCCUUUCUUAGAUGAAAGUUGUGACGUCAGAGUCGAUGAUAAUUAUGUAACCCCAUUAUACAAGCAUCUUAUUAAUAUAGAACAUCAAACAAUGGCUAUCGUUGGUAUACCAUCACAAAUAGUACCCUUUCCUAUGUUUCAUAUACAGGUACAAUAUUUUUUAAAUAUUUUAAAAAAUCGUUUUGUUUUACCUUCAAAAUCUCAAAUGCUCGAAGAUUCAAAAUUGAAAACCUUAAAAAAAAGACAUGCACAUAGAAUGAUGACCGAGCAAUGGGAAUAUAACGAUUCUUUGGCAAAUACAGGUCAAUUCAAUCGACUUCCAGCAUUUUAUAAAGCUGGUUAUAAGGCAUGGCAUUCGAAAAAAAAGGGUAAUCUUUUGCAUUACAAAGAUGCUAAAUUUGUCGUAUCCGAGAAUGGUAAAGAUGUCGAAAUUGUCUUACCUAAUUAAUAAUAUUAAAUAAUCGUAAAGUGAUUAAACAUUAAAGGACAUUAAUAACUUUGAUAUAUAAGGGUGAGUUAGCUAAUGUUAGUACCUAAAAUAUUUUUGUUGUUUUUAAAGAUAUAUUAAAUGUCUUGAAAAAAAAGGUGAAAAAAUGGUGGUUCCA